AUGUACCAAUUGCACGAUCUGGAGGUGGAAAUUGCGAUGACAACGAUGCCAGGAGACUGCUGCCAUGACAACAGGACCGAGUUGGGGUGGCGAAGCUUUGCGAGUUUGCCGUCCGGUCGCGGAGACAGAACUGUGCAGCAAGCCGGAGCAUUCGACAUGUGUCGCAUUGUCUCAGACCGAGCUGCUCGCUUAUCAACGCCGCCGAUCGAAUUGUCUCCAGCCGACAUGUCUCCACUUGAGAAGAUAACUCAAACCCAUUCGGCCUUCCAACCGCCUCGCCUCGCGGGCCCGAGCUCGACUCCGCUUCGCGUCGGAACCGCCUCUCAAUCGCCUCCCUCGCUCCCUCGCUCCCUCGAGCCAGGGAUUAAUUCCGAUUGUCCAGCAACUCGGCGAGUUCACUUUCUCCUCUCACACUCCCCCUCCCCCCGAUUCCUCCCCACCUUUGCGCCUCGACAACCCACAUCAGAAAACGUCUCGGACUCGAUUGUCCUAUUACACACACACACACAUACACAUACAAACACACACACAUGCAUAGAUGAAGUUAGCCAGGGACCGGUCUUUUUGGCCCGGCUUUCCAACUUUAAUCUCGAGAAGACGUUCGAGCGCGCUGCGGCCCUGAAGGGCCUGCUCAAGCGGCCCGGCCAAUGUGCUCCACCACCCUCAUUCGUCCCCUCUGCCGCCAUUCGCGCUCAAUCCCCGACAUGGAAGGUCACAUUUUUUGGGCUCUCCGCACAGCCCUACCGGUUGAAGCAAUAA